AUGUCGAAGACGAAUCGCUGCAAGACAUCAGCUGCCAAGCCCGAAGAAGAAUCAAAGCCCAAAAAGAAAACGCAAGCAGAACUUGAUCAAGAGCUACAACUAAAGCUCCAAGGUCUUGCAGGCGAUGGCGGCGAUGCUGGUGUUGAAUACGAAGAUGGCAAGCCAGUCUCCAUGAAGCGAAGCGUCAAGAACAACAUGUUUCGCUAUAUUUAG